AUGGAAUCUAAUUCUUUUGAAGAAGUAAUGAGUUAUUAUAAGCAGUAUGUAAAGAAAUGUGGGUUUGGAGUGAUGACAAGAAGGACUGAGAAGGGAGAGGAUGGAAAUGUUAGAUAUGCCACCCUUGGUUGUGCUCGUGGUGGGAAGGCCCGUAAUAAGACGUUGAAUGUCGCUAGACCACGACCGACAGGAAAGACAGAAUGUAAGGCAAAAAUUAAUGCCUUAAAAGUUGACGGGAAGUUUAGGUUGACAACAGUUCAUAAUAUUCAUAACCACGGCCUUAGUCCAACUAAAUCGCGCUUCUUCCGAUGUAAUAGAGAAGUGAGUGACUCCGUAAAAAGAGUUCUAGAUACAAAUGAUUUGGCUGGCAUCCGGAUGAAUAAGAGCUUCGGAUCUCUUGUCGUUGGGGCAGGUGGAUUUGAGAACCUCCCGUUUUUGGAAAAAGAUUGUCGAAAUUACAUCGACAAGGCAAGACAUCUGCGACUUGGGAAAAGUGGCGCUGGAGCGCUUCAAGAAUAUUUUUUAAGGAUGCAGUACAAAAAUCCUGGGUUCUUUACAUUGAUGGAUUUAGAUAAUGAGGGGAGGUUAAAGAAUGUCUUUUGGGCAGACCCCCGUAGUAGGGCAGCAUAUCAGUAUUUCUAUGAUGUGGUCACAUUUGACACCACAUAUCUGACGAAUAGAUAUGGGAUGCCUUUUGCACCAUUUGUUGGUGUAAACCAUCAUGGCCAGUCAAUUCUAUUGGGUGCAGGAUUGAUAUCCAGUGAGGAUACGGAGACAUUUGUCUGGUUAUUUCAGACCUGGUUGAAGUGUAUGGAUGGUAUAGCUCCGAGAGCUAUUAUCACAGAUCAGGACAGAGCGAUGAAGAAUGCUAUUGCCAUUGUCUUUCCAGAAAGUCGACAUCGAUUUUGUUUGUGGCAUAUACUGAAGAAAGUUCCUGAAAAGCUUAGCUCACAUGCUUCGUACAAAAAUGGAAUGAAAACUGCAUUGAUGAAUUCUGUGUAUGACACCCAAAGUGUUGAAGAAUUUGAAGAGAGUUGGGAUCAGCUAAUCACCACGUACAACUUGCAUGAGAAUGCCUGGCUGCAAAGUUUAUAUGCUGAGCGUCAACAUUGGGUACCGGCAUUCUUGAAAGACUUUGAUAACGCUUUGAAAAAGAAAAUUGAGAAUGAAACUGCAGCGGACUUCCACUCAUUUAGUGUCACUAUUCCAUGUAUAUCAAGAUCUCCAGUUGAAAAAAAAUUCCAAGAUUUGUACACAAAUGCUAAAUUCAGGGAAGUUCAGCAGCAAAUUACCGGCAUUAUUGAUAUGGAUCCGAAGUUACUUAAGAGUGACGGUGUUGUAAAGACGUAUCGCAUAGAGGAUGAAAUUUGUGUUGAAGAGUUUACUAAGAGGGUUACAUACUACGUGGACUUUAGUGAGGACGAUACAGUCGCAAAGUGUUCAUGUGGGUUAUUUCAGAUGAGAGGGAUAUUAUGUAGGCACAUUUUGGCAGUAUUCAAAUGUAACGAGGUUAAAUUUGUGCCAGAAAGAUACAUUUUAGAGCGAUGGAGGAAGGACAUCAAAAGGAGAUACACGUUAAUACACAGCAGCUUCGACGCAGGGGAUCAACGGGCAGAUGCAAACCGAUAUUCAAGUCUAUUGAAUAUCUGUUAUAAGAUGAUUACCCUUGCAGCGAGUUCAUACAAGCAUACUGUGGAUGCAACAGGGAAGUUAUUUGCAAUGAUUGACUUAUAUGGUGACAACCAAGAAUCCCCAUCGCUGACGGUCACAGGUUCCAAUGUUGGUUGUACGGCAAAGGACACAACUACAGGUGGUAGCUCACAAAAAGUACUCAGUCCACUAGCUGUGAGAGGGAAAGGCAGACCCCCAUCGUUGAGGAGAGCAUCGGGGAUGGAGAAACGAAUGCUAAAAGUUCAAGCGAAGACGAAGAAAACAGCAGUGAAGGGGAAACACAAACAGCGAGAUGGAGGAGAUACACCAGUCGUGGCGACUUGCCGGAAUUUAUUUCCCACUUCACAAAGUAUGUAGUAUGGAUUGGAUGACUCACAACCGCUGGUGUAUGGGAUGGAUCAACCCUCCCCAGUGCAACUUGG